AAAAAACAUGUGGCUCACACCAAUACACUCUCUCUCCCAUUCAUUCCUCAUCUUCUUCGUCGUCCAAAUUCUCCCCCAAAAGAAGAGCUUAGAAACUCGAGGGAGAGCUCCUCCAUCAACGCAACCAGUCCGGCAUUGAGGGACAAUGAAUAAUAAUCGUCGAAAAUCAUAUUUUUUUGAUUAUGGGGGAUACUAUGUUAAAGGGGAAAUGAAUCAAGAUGAAAAUCAAGAGAACAAGUUCAUCAAUCUCUUAGAAUGGAAACAUCUAUUGAGGAGGUUACUUAUUCUGCAUUAGUGAACAAAAUAUGCAGAAAAGCGAAGAUCAAUUCCAAGUUUUGCAUGUGGAAGUCAUAAACGAGGGAAAUCAGGGACAAGAGCAACCGUGUGGUAGAGAAGAUCGAGGGAGUGUAGCUUGUGCAAGUAAUGAGGAGCUGAUUUCAAGUAGUAGAGAGACAGAUGAGAACAUGACUCUUGAUGAAAGGGAGUCAUCUCAACGUGAUGAGGUGGUGGAAAAUAGGCAAGCGAGAGAUGACAAUAUUAUUCUUUAUGAAGAAAGAUCCGAAGAACGAGCAGUGGUAGAUAACAGUGAUGUGUGUGAAGGUGCUGAAGCUAUACCUGUUGUAAAGCGUGAAUGGGAAGAUGGUAUGAAUGUGACCAUACGUCAAGAAUUUGAAAACAAGCAAGCAGUUAAAGAUUUAGUUGACAAAACUGCACAUAAGAACUGUUUUGAGUUUAUUAUAGUGAAGUCGGAUACGACGUUGUUUGUGGUUAAAUGUUCAGAAGUAGAUAAGGGUUGCAAGUGGUCUUUACGAGCUGCGAAGGAUGGGAACUCAGACAGUUUCUCGGUCAGAACAUACAACAAGAUUCAUACGUGCUUACGGUCAGAAACAAGUACAAUGAGAAACAAAAGGAGAGGCACAAAACAUCUAGUUGCAUCUGUUUUACGUGAGGAUUUUCCAUGUUUGAUAGACACUCCAACUCCCAAAAAUCUCAUUCCUUUGGUCCAGCUAAGAGCCAGUGUAAAAGUGUCAUACUCCACGGCAAAUAGAGGGAAAAAGCUAGCUGCUUAUGAUCUACGUGGUACUCCAGAUGACAGUUAUAAGAUGGUGUAUUCUUAUAUGCACAUGUUGGAGAAGAUGAAUCAAGGUACAGUUUCCUAUGUUGAAUUGGAUGAAGAUAAGAGGUUUAAGUACUUAUUCUUCGCAUUGGGAGCGUGCAUUGAAGGCUUCAAGGCCAUGAGAAAGGUGAUCAUUGUGGAUGCAACCAAUAUUAAAACUGUAUAUGGUGGAGUACUUAUCAUUGCUACAGCUCAAGAUCCAGAUCAUCACCAUUACCCGAUUGCAUUUGGUGUAGUUGAUGGUGAGAAAGAUGCAAGUUGGACUUGGUUUUGCAGCAAGUUGAAAUCAGUUGUACUUGAUUGUCCUGAACUGGUGUUUUGUUCUGAUAGAAAUCAAAGCCUCAUCAAGGUAGUAAUGCAGGUAUACCCGUUGGCUGACCAUGGAUAUUGUAUAUAUCAUUUGUCCUAAAAUGUGAAACUGAGCUGUAAGAACGUGAACAGAGAGUUAGUUGCGACCAAGUUCAUGAAAUGCGCUAAGACUUAUACAGAGGCCGAGUUCAAGAAACUCUAUGCUGCUUUUAUCAAAAGAUAUCCUGCUGCAGGUGCUUAUCUUGAUAGAACUGUUGGACAGAACAAAUGGGCGCGAUGUUAUUUUCCAGGCGCAAGAUACAACAUAGACACCACUAAUACAGUUGAAUCUAUUAAUGGUGUCUUUAGAUACGUAAGGGCUUACGCGCUAUUACCAAUGAUUGAUGCGAUGGUUGCUAAACUGUCGGAAUGGUUUAACAAAUAUAGGAAGAUAUCAUUGGAGACACCAAGGACGCAGAAGUUAAUACCGUUUGUUGAGAAUUUGAUGCAUAUAAGAUGUGUGGAAGCGACUCUCUUGCCGGUGACUGAACUAAACCGCUAUUUUCUUGAGUAUAAUGUGACUGGAGUUGGUGGUAGUAGUUAUGUGGUUGAUUUGGUUGAGAAAACUUGCUCUUGCAAGCUAUUUGACAUUGACAAGUAUUUGUGUGUGCAUGCUAUUGCUGCUGCCAUGGAAGCUGAAAAAAAAACAGGAACUGAGAUCCAAUUGCAUGAGUUGUGCAGUAAGUAUUAUUGGAUGGAAAAUUGGUCAUUGGCAUAUUCAAGGACCAUCUAUCCUGUUCCUAAUAUGUCUAUGUGGGAUGUUCCUGCACAUGUACGUGAUUUGAUUGUCUUUCCGAAAGAGUAUGUCAUAAAGAAAGGACGUAAACGAACAAAAAGAAUUCUGUCGACAGGAGAACAUGGACGCAAGAAAAAGCGUAAGAAAGAGACAAGGACAUAGACGGUUCCAUCAUCCGGAGAACAUCAUCAAAGUUAAUUGUAUUUUGGAGUGUUUUAUGUAAUCUCUGAUUUGAACAACUACGUAUAACUUGUUUAAGUUUUGGUACAACUUGAGAACAAUAUGAAUUUAAUAUUUUAUAUUAA